UACAUUUUUCAGAAACUUGAUAGCAAUUGUACUUUCACUUUCAAUUUGAAUGUUACAUUGAAGUUGAACUAUAUUAGUUCCAGAUGUUACCGUAUAAUUUCCUCGUAUAAUAUUCAAAAUGUGCUUUUAUAUGUGUCGGUUUAUGAUCAAAUAAGACUCGUCAUUUAGAUAAUUAGUAUUGCUACAUGUAGUGGUUUACAACACUAACUAAAAAUACUCAUAUCAUAUUGCUAAAUUCACAAUUUUUUGAAAAUGGUUGAGAAUUUCCAGGUCAAGACAUAGUUUUAAUGACAUAAAUAUACAUUGUUUCGUAUGCCGUAAAACAGGUUUUUAAACAAAAUGGAAUUAUUUCUUACAGUUAUUGCUGCUUCUUGCUUAUUUGUUUUAGUUUUCAUAUUAGUAGCAACUUUCGUGGUGCGGAGAAUAGGGGCAAGAAAAUAUGCACCAAAAAGAAAGAUAUCUACAGUCAAUAUUUCGGUAGGAGAAUCGGACCAACGCAAGGAGGAAAAUGAUGGAAAGACUAAAUCAGCAGAGGAAUGGAUCCCGCUAAGUGAAUCAAAUGUAAAACCUUUAAGUGUGAACUAUCAUUUCACACGACAAUGUAACUAUAGUUGUGGAUUUUGUUUCCACACAGCUAAGACAUCGUUUGUUCUCCCACUGGAACAAGCUAAAAGAGGACUCGAAUUACUGAAGAAAAAAGGUAUGGAGAAAAUGAACUUCUCUGGUGGAGAACCUUUUGUAGUUAAGCGUGGCGACUAUGUUGGUGAACUCUGUAGAUUUUGUAAGAAAGAUUUGGCACUGCCGAGUGUGACUAUUGUUAGUAAUGGAAGUUUGGUUACAGAAAAAUGGUUUAAAAAGUAUGGUAAAUACCUGGAUAUUUUAGCGGUGUCUUGUGAUAGCUUUAAUCCUGAUGUUAAUGAAACAAUUGGUCGACAACAAGGAAACAAAAAUCAUCUGCAGUCUCUGAGACAAGUUAGAGAAUGGUGUUAUCAGUAUAAGAUUGCUUUCAAGAUUAAUACAGUUGUCAAUACCUACAACCUAGAGGAAGAUAUGACAGAACCCAUACAAGAGUUGAAUCCUUGUCGCUGGAAGGUGUUUCAGUGUCUUUUGAUUGGAGGAGAGAAUGCCGGAAGUGAUGCCCUCAGGCAUGCAGAGUCUUUUGUUGUGUCAGACGACGAUUUUAGAAAAUUCCUGACCAGACAUAAUCCCGUGUCUUGUUUAGUGCCAGAAUCUAACGAUUUUAUGAGGAAUUCCUACCUUAUCCUGGACGAAUAUAUGCGUUUUCUAGACUGCACUAAAGGCAACAAAGAUCCCUCUAAAUCCAUACUGGAUGUAGGCGUGGACAAUGCUUUGUUAUUCAGUGGCUUUGAUGAGAAAAUGUUCUUUAAACGCGGAGGAAAAUACGUGUGGAGUAAAGCAGACUUAAGUUUGGAAUGGUGACCAUUCAAAUUGAUGUGGCCAUUUGAGAUUAAUAUUUUAAACAUUUCAGGCAGCAUAGCAUAUUGAAAAUUAUUUGUACAUUCAUUGAUAUUGAACACUUUUUAAGGGUUUUAAUUUAAUAAUAUUUGCCUUCCAAACUGUUAUUCUCGACGUUCUAUACAAAAACAUAUUUCACAAAUGCUUUUGUUGAAUACUACAUUAUAUAUUGAAAAAGAAAGUAUUUUUGCAAAUGUAUAUAUUUUUAAUUUUUUUUGCAUUAAACAUCAGUUAAGGUUGAUCUAAAAUAGUUUGUGAUCUAAAAUGAGUUUCCGUAAAUUAGAUAAAUUUGAUGCAGAAAUGGAAUUUAUUUGAAAAUAACCGUUUUUUUUAUUACCUAAUCAUACUGUUAUAUUCAUUUAAAAAAAACCCAGAAAAUUGUAUCAUUGAUUAAUAUUUAUGAAAAUUUUGUAAUAUCAGGGGAAAUAUCUCAGAUAAUUCAGUUUUAAAGAGGAAUAAACUGUAAAUAUACUUAUUUUGAUAUGCAGCAAGAAAAUGAGUAUGGUGACCCUAAUAUUUCGUUUUAUUUUCUGAAAGCAUAUCAUAAGAGCUUUGUUCUUAUUAUUUUGUUGUUUUUGUUUUAUAUUCUUUCAUUGAGUUUUCUUUGUAUUUACACAGAAGUGUUUUUUUUCAAGUAUUAUCACUAGCAAACAUUUUAGCACAACCUGUAGCUUAACAUUAUCUGGGUGACCCAUUAUAAACGAUAUAAACGAAUUUUUGGCAAAGUACGAACGGAUUUUAUUCUAUUUUAAUCUAGACAUUUAUCUACCCUAAUCAAGCAAAAAAAAAGCAACAACAGAUAUAUAUUAUAUACUACAUGAAAUAUGUGUCAAAUACAAUUUCAUGUUGUCAAAUUAACAUUAAAUUAUAUCCUAAUUCUAUAAAGCUUAAUCUAACUGCUGAUAGAAAUUUAUACAAAAAUAAACGUAUUUUAAAGAUAGUAGUAGUAUGUCAAGGUGAUUAUUUGGCUUAAAUUUAUAUGCAGACUCAUAUGUAAAGAUAUAGACCAAAUCAGGUCCCUAUUAGCUUUAUAAUUUUAGAAUAUUACUAUUUUUAAGUUUAUGACGGCCGACAUUACACAUUAAUUAACCUUGUGAAAUAUAUAAAUGCACGAACAUACACUUAUAGAUAUAAAAGAACAUCUAUUUAUUCUGCUUUCUAUGUAAAAUUCACCAAUUUGUCUUCAGUUUAUAUAAAUUGACAUCAGAAACAGACAACAUAUGCACUUCUAUUUCAAUCUCAUAUUACCUUUUUAUUAUUAAAAAUAAACAUUCAACUAGGGUUCAACAGUAAUCACAGGUCAUAUAGCCUUCAUUUCAUACCAAAAUUAUCAAAAUAUUUUACAUAUUAUAAAAGUAACUUUAUUAGUAGAAACUAUUUUGUGUGAAAUAUGUAUUACUUUCCCGAAUUAGUGAUUCUAUACCAGAAGUAUAUAUAUAUAUAUUAUUCUGAAUCAUAUUACCUCACUGUACAUACAUUAAGCGUUUAUUUAAAUUUGUUAUUUGUUCAUUUAUAUAAAAGAAUUAUCAUACCUUG